AUGGAAUCUUUAUAUUUUUCUUUGAAUGAAAUCAAUCCACUUUUACAAUGUUCUCUAUGUGAUGGUUAUCUUAUUGAUCCAUAUACAAUAAAAGAAUGUAUGCAUACAUUUUGUCGUACAUGUAUACUAAGUUAUUUCAAAAAUUUAUCACGUUCAGAAUAUAAAUGUCCAAAAUGUGAUGUAAAUCUUGAACCUGUUUCUGAUAUAUCAAAAUGUUUAAUACCAGAUCGACAAUUAGGUGAUAUUGUACGUUCAUUAUUACCGUCACUUGAUAUUGAUGAAAUAAAUAAUGAAAAACUUUUUUAUGAACAAAAUUCUUUAUCAAUACCAAAAGAUCUUCGUCUUAAACUUCGACUUGUAAAAACUCUUUCUCCAAUGCGUUAUACUGAUCAACAAGGUCAAAUACGUUUACGUUCAUUCAAUGAUAAAUCGACUGUAUCUUCUCUUACAAAAAAAUCAAUUAUUCCAAUUGCACUACAAAUAGAAUUAUGUAAAAAAUUUAUUGAUCCAUCAUUAAUUCUAAAACAAUAUCCACGAAAAUAUCUUUGUGUAAACUCUCAACUUCAUAUAGAUCAUAUAAGAAAAUAUUUGGAAACAAUUUGUCAAAUAUCCAAACCAUAUCAAGUUUAUUUGUUUUUCUAUGAUUCAUGUUUAAGUGAUUCGACACCUUUAUUAUUAAUUAAAAAUUUACUAUUUCCAUCAACCGAUCGAAUUAAACUUUAUUUUUCUAUAAUAUUAAAUAAAUAA